AUGUUUAACGUAAAAAUUGGAGCGAAAAAUGGGGGUACUGGUCAUAUAUAUUGGCAGUGGACUUACUCUGGCAUUGCUAGUCUAGGUUUCCUCAUAUACGGCGUAGAAUCUGGUUGGCUUUCUCCCUUCAUUCAGGAGUUGAAGUCACUCCAUACGCCGCUUAAGACGCCUGUCGAUGACACUACAAUAACCUGGUGGGCAAGCAUUUUGCCAAUGUCCGGAAUUUUCUUCGUGCUCUUAUUUUCCCACACUGCUGAUGUUUUUGGAAGAAAGUGGUCUUUAAUAAUUGGAACUUUGCCAGAAAUUGUUUCAAUCAUUAUAAGGCUCGCUUGGCCUACGCCGAUGUUUGUGAUAGUAGCCCGUAUUUUUAGUGGCAUAUCGGCAGCGGCAUAUUUCGUCAUCAUCCCAGUUUACAUAAGAGAAAUCAGUGAAGAUGGCAUGCUGGGAAGGUUGGGAUCUCUCCCGAUUUUAUCCCAAAAUGUUGGCUUCCUGGUUGUGUACGCGGUUGGGGCUUUUUUUAAUUACUUCACGGUUCUAUGGAUUAUUUUAUUCUUUCCCAUUAUCAUGGCGUUACUCAUGCUAAGUAGCCCAGAGUCGCCGUCCUACCUGGUGAAGAGAAAUAAAAUUAACGAAGCUAUUAAAAGUAUUGCGUUCCUCAGAGGAUUAGCAAUAAACGAUGAGAAAGUUGUCAUUACAGUCCAGCAUAUGCAGUAUCACGAAGAAGGAUUUAAAAAUAUGUCUAAAAUUAGCAUGAUCACUAUACUUCGUGAUAAACCACUACGCAAAGGCGUUUGCCUUAUUUUACUAAUCUUGGCGACACACUCCUGGAAUGGUGCAUUCGCCAUCGUGACGUACGCUUCAGCUGUUAUGCUCUCAACGGGAACCGAACUGAAUAUAAGCCCAGAACUGCAAACGAUUAGCCUACCUAUUGUCAUGAUAAUUGCUUCGCUUACCUUGACUAGUAUAGCUGAGAAGUUUGGUAGGAGGCAUAUCCAAGCUGUUGCAUAUCUCACUUCCGGAAUUUCUCUAGCUAUAUUAGCUGUAUUCAUCUUACUUCAAGACUAUGUUUAUUCCACCCCCCCUUGGCUGCCUCUUACAUGUAUGAUCGUUAUCGCAGCUAUGUACGCUGGUGGAAUACGACCCUUACCGUUCGUGGUGGCUACAGAAAUGUUUCAGUUUCAGGUUCGAGCAAAAAUAAUGGGUUGUCUAACAGUCUUUGUCGGCCUGAUGAAUUCAACACACCUAUAUGCGUAUACGCCGAUAAAAAAUACCUUUGGGUUGCCAGCUACGUUUCUCAUAUUUGCACUCUAUAAUAUAAUUGGAGUUAUAUCUUCUCUACUUCUACCAGAGACGAGAGGGAAAUCAGAAGAAGAAAUUCGGGAAGAAUUGGAAAAUAAAUUUAAAAUCCGUCUAUGA